CGGUGCACACUCACAAGUGCGUGUACGGACAUGGCGCACUCGCGCUCUAUUUGUAUCAGUCCCGAAUUUAGAGCGUGGGCUGUGACGACAGCAUUCUUGUAAUUUGCGCGCUGAGCUUUCAGAUGCAGUUUUGCCCUAAGGCCACCCACAAACCUUCCCCUGGAAUCCUUCCGUUAAAAUGUCGCCCAAGUAAAGCAGGGUGAACACAGUGCCGAGCGUUUAAAAGAGCCAAUUUGGCUCGACGUACGCGACGUGACGUUCAGCCACAUGAACGUCAACAUCUACCCGUCACAGAUCGAGGUAAACGGACCAACACCUCGGAUCUCGCGUAAGAAUUGCCACAACAAAUUUUACUCCAGACUAUGACGCACUAUCAAACUUUAACAAAAAAGACAGCGGUGUCUACAAGCCUACUGGAACCUACAAAAGGAUUAUAAGGAAGGAACACAAGAACUUUAAGAGACUGCUCAUAUGUGUCAGAGAGGUUCUGCUCUGACAACUGAGCUGAACUUUUAUCUGUUAAGAUUGUGCAUGGCACAACAGAAAGUUAAUGUUCCAUGGUUUUUUUUCUAUGAAGAACCCAGAGAGAGUUAUUUAGUUAUUUAUUUCCUGUUUUUUCUGUGAAGAACUCAGAGAGGGUUUAGUUAUUAUUUCAUUCAUUAAUAGUGUUAUUUGUUUCCUGACUUUUUUUCUGUAAAGAACCUGGAAAGGGUUAUUAAAUAACCGUUAUUUGGUUAUGUGUGGCUUUCUGGAAAACAAUAAAUUUUUUAAGCUCCCCUACGAUCGUCACACUUUUUCUGUUACAAACUGCCACCGGCCCGCCAUCAGAGAAGGGAAAGGUUAUGUGGCCCUCACAGGAAAAAGUUUGGGGACCCCUGAUGUAGAGAAUCGCUUGAGUAAUGGCCUUGCCACAAAGAGCCGGAACCUUUCUCUCUGCACACACGGAUUAUUUGUUUGCUGCACUUGAGCGUGUGUCACGGCCAAAUAGUUCCUGAAAACACAGAAAGGCCCGCCGUCUUAUAGACACUAAACUCUUCAUUGCUAACAAACUCGUCGAUAUUUAUGUUCUUUUAACGAUGGAGGAGAAUAGCGAUGUCUUUUAUCGGGAGCUCCCAAAAGUGGAGCUGCACGCUCACCUUAACGGGUCGGUGAGCUUCCAGACCAUGGAGAAGCUCAUUAAACGUAAGCCACAUCUUAACAUUGAACAUCACAUGACGGCCAUCGACAAAGGCCAGCGGAGAACGUUGGAUGAGUGCUUUCAGGUCUUCAAGGUCAUUCAUCAGUUGGUGGACACGGAGGAGGACAUCCUGAUGGUGGCGACAGAUGUAAUCAAAGAAUUUGCUGCAGACGGCGUCAAAUAUUUAGAGCUGAGGAGUACACCAAGAGAGGAGAAGAAAACAGGGUUGACUAAAAAGAACUAUGUGGACACUGUAAUAAAAGCAAUCCAGCAGUGUAAAGAGGAGGUGGACAUUGAUGUCAGGUUUCUAGUAGCCAUCGAUCGCAGAAAUGGGACCGAGGUUGCCAUGGAAACGGUGAAGCUGGCCGAGGAGUUCAUGCUGUCUGCUGAUGGGUUGGUGGUUGGACUUGAUCUCAGUGGGGAUCCGACAGUGGGCCACGGUAGAGACCUGCUUCCUGCCUUACAACGAGCAAAGAACAGUGGACUCAAGUUAUCGCUGCACCUCUCAGAAGUGCCAUCUCAGCUGGAGGAGUCAGAACUGCUGCUCAACCUUCCGCCAGACCGCAUCGGUCACGGCACCUUUCUGCAUCCUGACGCGGGUGGAUCGCAAAGCCUCGUUGACCAGGUGGUGAAGAAUAACAUCCCUUUGGAGCUUUGCUUGACAUCAAACGUCAAAGGACAAACUGUCCCAUGUUACGCCGAGCAUCACUUCAAAUAUUGGUACCAGUUGGGACACCCAAGUGUCAUUUGUACUGACGACAAAGGCGUGUUUAGUACAGACUUGUCUCAGGAAUACCAGCUGGCUGCAUCCACAUUUGGUCUGGAUCGGGAGGCUGUGUGGACGCUCUCUCAGCAAGCCAUUGACUUCAUUUUUGCCGAGGAAGCGGUCAAGCAACAACUGAAGCACAAGUGGACUCAAAUACAGCCACACGUUCUCAAAUGACAACUUCAGCGACGUGUCAGCCAACCGCUUACCUCACUUUAUAGAAAAGGGAAAACGACUACCUAUUUACAUUUUCAUAGCAAUUAUAACAUUACAAAAAGUGAAAACACUUGAAACUGUUGUUUGACACUCGUGGUGAUUUGUAUAAUUUUAAAUGAAUACAACAAUGUAGACAUGCCUAUGUAUGAAUAUAUUAGGCACACAUGAUUGUGAUGUAAGAAAAAUAAGCAACUAAACUUCUGUCCAUUUCUUGCCUCCAAUUAAAAAAACAAAAACAUUGCA